AUGAAGCCUGCCCCGAAACAAAAGCAAGGCUGCUGGACAUGCAAGAGACGCAAAAUCGGCUGCGACAAGACUGCGCCAUCAUGCAAUAACUGCCGCCGCUCUGGGCGUGACUGUCAGGGCUACGGUCUUCGUCUGUUUUGGCCCGACCAGAGUGAUGGGAGGAGAGCCAUGUUGUCUCCCACGACUUAUAAUGGCUACCUGAUUGUCUCCGAUCGAUCGAACAGACACUUUCUCAACACGACAUUUGAUGACCUGCAUCAGCCUUGUGGGCCUAGUAUAUGUGAUGUUAUCAACCGGGUUACUGCGGCCCACGCCCUUUCUGCCCGGCCUGCUGGGUGUUGUUUUAUUUAUCCUCGACUGCUUGAUAACGAGUCCAGUAUGAUGCAAUAUUAUGAAAGUCGAAUAUCCCGCAUGAUCUCCACAAUCGAUACGCGGAAUGGCUUUCGCUCUGAGCUCAUCCCCAUGGCUCUCGCUUCAUCCAGCUUGGCAUCGCUGGCUCUGCGGAAUGCUAUUCUGGCCGUGGCUGUCUUUCACAGGGCUGGAGCAACAGCGGCUCUCCCGUUCAAGGCUAAAGCUGUACGCUGCCUCUCAUCAUCGCUGUCAUCGGAAGGGAAUGGCGGUGCAGCGGUUGUAAAUACACAACUUGCUGCGUCAAUGAUGCUUUGUGUUUAUAGUGUCUUCGACGAAACAGAGGGGAAUUGGUACUCCCAUCUAGAUGGAGCAAAGGCAAUGCUCUAUCACCUAUCGACCAUGUCCGGGGGGAAGCUGCCCUAUCACUUUCUGUAUACAUGGCUCAUAUACCACGAAGUACUCGGUGCCUUCACUCAGCCGUUACACACUACUCAACAGGGGAUAUCGUCCAUUGACUUUCUAACAGACGACAACGUUGAUAAGACACUCAUAAUCGGAUCUCUAGGGUGUUCAUUAGAAGUCCUCGAAGCAAUCCACCGCCUGAAUAAAACGCGAUGUGCCACCAUGGCUGGCCAUACCAACACAACAGAGGCUCUCGUCCUAGAAAGAAAACUCGUCACUCUAACACAACGCGUGGACUUCAUAAAUACUCCAACGCAGCCUAGCAACCCUGGUGUUUCGGAUCACCGGAAACCUCUUCUAACCGCCGAGCUCUACCGAGUCGCAACCCUAUUAUACCACCACCGCGUCUAUGCAAGCCACCUAGACAGAACCAAAGAGCGAGGAAAUUACCUACACCAUGCAUUCGAUCUCCUAUCGCAAAUGCACCUCUGCACAAGUCCCUGGCCGCUAUUCGUGGUCGCGUCUGAAGCGAACUCCGACGAGCACAGGUUGCUCAUUCUCCGUAUGCUGGAUCGGAUGGAUGAGGCGCGCAAGAUUGGCAAUGUUUUUGUCCUCAGGGACAUUAUCCAGUCGUUUUGGAAACAGCAGGACCUUGCUGUGGGUUGGUAUGAUGCUGGUGCACAGCCGAGGUGGUCGGGUUCGUGGGAUUUGUUGUUUGGGGAGAAGAGGGCUGUUCCUUGGUUUAUUUGA